CACAGGAGGAGUUGGCGGGCAGCAGACGGCCACUCUGGCCUCAGCCAGAUUCCCAGCCACACGCGGGAAGAGAAAUGCCCUGGGCUGUCUUGCUCUUUGCAGCUGGCUCCUUGGCGAUCCCAGCACCGUCCAUCUUGCUGGUGCCCCCGCACCCCAGCAGCCAAGAGGACCCCAUCCACAUCACAUGCAUAGCCCCCAGGGGCUUCCCGGGUGCGAAUUUCACACUGUACCGUGGAGGGCAGGUGAUCCAGCUCCUGCAGGCUCCUGCAGACCAGCUCGGGGUCACCUUUAACUUGAGCGGUGGCGACAGCAAGGCUCCGGGGGGAACGUUCCACUGCCAGUAUGGCGUCAUGGGGGAGCACAGCCAGGCCCAGCUGUCAGACCUCAGCGAGUCUUUGCAUGUUUCUAUCCCAGUGCCCACUUGGAUCCUGGCACUUUCUCUGAGCCUGGCUGGAGCCCUCCUCCUCCUUGCUGCCCUGGUGGCUGUUGUCAUGGUGAUCAGGAAAGUUAAAGUCACAAAUUUGCAGAAGAAAAGAGAGCGAGAAUCCUGCUGGGCCCAGAUUAACUUCGCCACCACAGAUAUGUCCUUCGAUAACUCCUUGUUUGCCAUCUCCACGAAAAUGGCUUCAGAAGAAGCAGCGGCCACUCUGGAUGCUCACACUGGCUCCACUGGUCCCUCUGGCAUGUCCGGACCCCGGAAGAGGCCCACCUCCACUUCCUCCUCACCCGAGCUCCCAGAGUUCAGCACUUUCCGAGCCCCCCUCUGA